CAUAGCGACGACGCUACCUGCAGUGCCGGGAGCAGGCGGGGGGGGGGCGGACAAAGGGGGCGCCGCGCGAGCCCGCACCCAGCGGCCCCGGAGGGAAUUGCCAAAAUGCUUUGGAAUUCUUAAACGAUUCAAAAACUGAAGUCUCUGAGGAUACAAAAUCAUAAGAAUACAAGAAGCAGCAAGGAGGAUUCAGUGCCAAUGCAGCAACAAAGAAGACAGCCAGAGUUAGUGGAAGGAAAUCUUCCUGUUUUUGUUUUUCCUACAGAACUUAUAUUUUAUGCAGAUGACCAGUCGACACACAAGCAGGUGUUGACUCUAUAUAACCCCUAUGAGUUUGCCUUAAAAUUCAAAGUUCUUUGUACAACUCCAAACAAAUAUGCGGUGGUUGAUGCAACAGGUGCAGUGAAGCCUCAGUGCUGUGUUGAUAUUGUGAUUCGUCACCGAGAUGUUCGGGCUUCUUACUAUGGUGUGAUAGAUAAAUUCCGACUGCAGGUUUCUGAGCAGAGCCAGAGGAAAGCAUUAGGGAAAAAGGAAAUUAUUGCUACUCUGCUUCCAUCUGCAAAGGAACAACAACAACAAAAGGAAGAGGAGGAAAAACGAAUAAAAGAACACCUGUCUGAAAGUGUCUUUUUUGAGCAGACUUUGUGUCAACCAGAAAACAGAACUGCCUCGUCGGGACCUAGUUUACUAACAGUCUUCCUAGGAAUAGUGUGUAUUGCAGCACUAAUGCUACCUACAUUGGGGGAAAUGGAAUCCCUGGUGCCUCUCUACCUCCAUUUAAGUGUGAAUCAAAAAUUAGUAGCUGCUUAUGUUUUAGGUCUCAUCACCAUGGUUAUUUUGAGAACAUGAGCAGUGAGCUACUAGGAUGUCAAACACCUUACUGUAUAUUCACAUCAUGAAUGUGGACUGCCUUUUACUCCCAUUUGGCUCAUUAAGAUGCUACCAAAACCGUUCAGUGAUUUAAGAUACCUUCAGAAGUGUAAUAUAUUUUAACUAUGUAUAAUAAAUGAAAGACUCAAAGCACUUGUCAGUGCUUCUGUAACAGACAGCUAUGAAAUGUUCAGUGAUACCUGUGAAAAUAAUUUGGAAAACUUUUAUAUCUCUGCCUACUGUAAAAAAAAAUCCCUAUUAAAGCAACAUUUGUUCUUUUUAGUCUAUGUUCACAUCAGUGCGUGAUCACUAUAAAAGCAAAACUGUCUUCUGUAAAACAUUUGUUCAGUUGGUUUGUGGUUGUACAUGCUGAGGCUGGUGCAUAACACCUCUGUAUCCAUCCCAGAAGGGUGGGAGUCGUGACUAAUCAGUGAAGAAAAUGACAAAUUCCCUCAGUGAAACUGAAAUAAACCAUGCUUUUUAGGUGAUGAA